AUGGUCAGUGUGGACUUACAGGCGAUCACCCAGCCUGUGGGGAUCAUGAGAAUGAUGGCGACCAUUCUCACAUGUAUGUGUUUCAGCCUGGCAGCAACAGCAGGAGCCCAAUCAUCUCCUUAUUGGGCGUGGUGCAUGUUUACCUGGUGCUUCUGUUUCUUGUUCACUUUCCUCAUUGUCAUCUUGGAGUUCUCGACUCUAAACUCCAAAAUGCCUUUCGCCUGGCAUGACUUCACCGCUGCCUUUGCUAUGUUGGCCAGCCUCAUGGUCUUCGUCGUCUCCAUCAUCUACCCAACGUUUUUCACCUGCAAGACCUGCCACCGCCAGAUCGGUACCUCCGUGGUGUCCUGGGUCUGUUUUGGGGCAUAUGCCGGCGAGGUGGUCCUGACCCGCCUUCGUCCCAGUGGAGAGCACAUUGGUUUCCUGUCCACGUUGCCUGGUAUGAUGAAGAUGCUGGAGACGUUCCUGGCCUGUCUCAUUUUCACCUCCCUGGAGACGGGCCAGUACGUCGGUAAACCAGAACUGCAGUGGUGCGUGGCUGUUUACUCCUUGUGUUUCAUCUUUGGCAUCCUCAUAAUCCUGCUCACACUUGGACAGCUGACUUCAUUGUGCCCAAUCGGCUUCGACAAAGUGGUGAUCGUCUACAAUGUCAUGUCGGCAGUGAUGUAUAUGACAGCUAUGGUGAUGUGGCCGCUGUACACUUUCCAAAACAACAAGAGACCUGCUAACUGUGGUCAUCUCUGCCCCUGGGAUAAACUGGUGUUAAUCACUUUUAUGGCAAUUUUCAAUACUCUUAUUUACAUCCUGGAUAGUGCUUACUCUAUAUACCUUGUGUGUAUUGUCAGUAACCGGUGA